ACUGUAUAUGCCCAAAAAGUCGAAACUCGGGGCGUGACGAAGAUGAGCACCGCGAAGGCCGACGCCGAGAGCGACGCGGCUGUCAAGGCCAUCGCGAUCUCAAGCUCGACGCAUACUCUCGCCGACGGCAAGACGAUCCAUUACUCGGCGGAGCGCAUCAUCGGCAAUGGGUCCUUUGGCGUCGUCUUCCAGGCUGCGAUCGAAGAGACGGGCGAGGUCGUCGCCAUCAAGAAGGUACUCCAGGACAAGCGCUUCAAGAACCGCGAGAUGCAAAUCAUGCGCCAACUUCAGCACGACAAUAUCGUGCAGCUCAAGCACUGCUUCUACUGCAACGGAGAGAAGCCCGAUGAGCUCUACCUCAACUUGGUCUUGGAGUACAUCCCCGACACGCUGUACGGCGUCGCCCGCCAACUGCAGCGCAACAAGCAGUUCAUGCCGAUCUUGCACGUCAAGCUCUACAUCUACCAGAUCUGCCGAGCCCUCGGAUACAUUCACGCAAUGGAGAUCUGCCACCGCGACAUCAAGCCCCAGAACCUUCUUCUCAACCCACAGAGUCACGUCGUCAAGAUUUGCGACUUUGGCAGUGCCAAGAAGCUCCAGCCAAACGAACCCAACGUCUCGUACAUUUGCUCACGCUACUACCGCGCGCCCGAGUUGAUCUUUGGAGCGACGGACUACACGACGGCAAUAGACGUGUGGUCGCUCGGCUGCGUCUUUGGCGAGCUUCUCCUUGGCCAGCCGCUUUUCCCUGGCGAGAGCGGUGUCGACCAGCUCGUCGAGAUCAUCAAGGUGCUUGGUACGCCCGCGCGCGAGGAGAUCCAGGCCAUGAACCCCAACUACACCGAGUUCCAGUUCCCGCAGAUCCGCGCGCACCCGUGGUCCAAGGUCUUUCGCAGCCGGACGCCUGAAGAAGCCAUUGAUCUCAUCGCCAAGAUGCUUGCCUACGAUCCCGUCAAGCGCAUCAAGCCCUUGGAAGCCGCCGCGCACCCUUUCUUUGAUGAGCUCCGCCAAGAAGGCUUUGCGCUCCCGAACGACACGCCCGUGCCACCGUUGUUCAACUUUACGGCCGACGAGCUGAGGCACGUGGACAUGGCGACGCGGGAGCGACUGGUUCCCGAGCAUGCGCGCAACGACGUCAACUGGCCGGUUCAAGACGAUGGGUCCUGGCCGGACGCGCUAAAGGAGGCGAAGGAGCCUGUUGUCGAUGCUCCCGCGCAGCUGCCGACCGAGUGAAGUCGUCUCUGGAUAUUAGUGCAUGUCGAAACGAUGGAAGCUGCUGAUGGUACAAUGAAAAUUACAUACUGGGUUGCUAUAAAACUAUGGG